ACCGGCCAGGCCGGCCUGCAGCCCCGCUCGCCUGGCUGGAAGGAGCCGGGAAGGUCAGCGGAAGGAGCUGCGGGCCGCCCUCCGCAGAUUCCGAGCCGAGUGAGGGGAUUUGGGGGCCCGGGGCUCGCUGGCAGACGGGGUGUGAGGAUGGAGUGGACCGGAAAGCGCCGGGACUCUCAGGGCUCUGUGUUUGCAGAGAGCGGAAAUGACCAUGACCGCCAACAAGAAUUCCGGCCUCACCCACAGAGCUGGGGGCACUAAGGCCCCUCGGGGGACUCUGAGCAGGUCUCAGUCAGUCUCUCCACCUCCAGUUCUCUCCCCACCGAGGAGUCCCAUCUACCCGCUCAGUGACAGUGAGACGUCAGCCUGCAGGUACCCGAGCCGCUCCGGCUCCCGGCUGCUCCUCAAGGACUGGCAGCCCCGUGAUCCUUCACCCCCAAAUCCUCAGGCCCCCACCCCAGACGCUUCACCACCCUUCUGUCCCCUCAAGGCCACCAGCUUCGGUUAUUUGGACAGAAGCCCUUCCGUGUGCAAGAGAGAUGACCAGGCGGAGGGCGGCGCAGGGGCAGCCCGGGGUGUGGCGGGACUAGCUGCCUGCCUGCCCCUCGCCCAGAGCACGCCGGCCCCGGGGCCAGCGGCGGGCCCCCGGGGCGCCUUUCUGAACCGCCCUGGCCCCCGCGCCUGCAGCCUGGGCAUCCGGGAGAAGAUCUCGGCAUGGGAGGGCCGCCGGGAGGCUGCGCCCAGGACGAGCGCGUGCGGAGAGAGGCGGGAGGGCUCCGGGGGCGCCAGCACGGCCAGUGAGGGCUGCCCGGGCGCGGGCUGCGCCAGCGUGGAGCCGUCCCCCUGCAGCUCGGAGAAGACCUUCGACUUCAAGGCCCUCCGGAGGAUGAGCAGGACCUUCUCCGAGUGUUCCUACCCUGAGACCGAGGAGGAGGGAGAGGCGCUUCCUGCCCGGGACUCGUGCCAUCGGCUGGAGCGGCGGCCAGGCCGAAGCGAGCCCGGCCCGGGCCCCAGGGGGCAGGGCGGCAGGAAGGAGAGCUCCGCGGUGCUGAGUCGGAUCCAGAAAAUUGAACAGGCCCUGAAGGAGCAGCCCGGCCGGGGGCUCCCCCAGCUCCCCAGCAGCUGCUACAGCGUAGAGCGAGGGAGAAGGAAGCCUGGGACCUUGGAGGAGCCGGCGGGGAGCGCUGGUGGCCGGGCAGGCGGAGGGGCCGGAGUCGGGGGGAAGGCGGGCCCGCCCUCGGAGAGGGAAGGCCGCGGCUCUGCGGGCGCCACGCAGCCCGGGGCCCCUGCGAACAGCCUGGCCCCCCAGCCGCCCCCGUCGAGGAGCUCCCCCGACCCCGCCGUGAACCCUGUUCCCAAGCCCAAGCGCACCUUCGAAUACGAGGCGGACAAGAACCCCAAGAGUCAGCCGAGCAAUGGUCUACCUCCUUCUCCCACACCUGCUGCUCCACCGCCCUUGCCCUCCACCCCAGCCCCGCCGGCCACCCGCAGACCCAGGAGGGACCUGCGCGCGCACCGCAAGGCCCAGAGCAGAAAAUCCUUUGAGUUUGAGGAUGCGUCCAGCCUCCAGUCCCUGUACCCUUCUUCUCCCACUGAGAAUGGUACCGAGAGCCAACCCAAGUUUGGAUCCAAAAGCACUUUAGAAGAAAACGCCUAUGAAGACAUUGUGGGGGAUCUGCCCAAGGAGAAUCCGUAUGAGGAUGUGGACUUGAAGAGCCGAAGGGCAGGCCGAAAACCCCAGCCGCUGUCGGAGACCUCCCUGGACUCUUUGCACAGGAUGUGGAGCCCGCAGGACCGCAAGUACAACAACCCGGCCGCUCAGCUCUCCCUGAAACCUGGCAGCCAGUCCCUGCGCAGUGGGAACUGGUCAGAAAGGAAAAGCCACCGGCUGCCACGACUGCCCAAGAGGCACAGCCACGACGACAUGCUGCUGCUGGCUCAGCUGAGCCUGCCAUCCUCGCCGUCCAGCCUCAACGAGGACAGCCUCAGCACCACGAGCGAGCUGCUCUCCAGCCGCCGCGCCCGCCGCAUCCCCAAGCUCGUCCAGAGAAUUAACUCCAUCUACAGCGCCAAGAGGGGGAAGAAGAGGUUGAAAAAGCUGUCUAUGUCCAGCAUUGAGACGGCCUCGCUUCGAGAUGAGAAUAGCGAGAGCGAGAGCGACUCGGACGACAGGUUCAAAGCCCACACGCAGCGCCUGGUCCACAUCCAGUCGGUGCUGAAGCGCGCGCCCAGCUACCGGACGCUGGAGCUGGAGCUGCUCGAGUGGCAGGAGCGGGAGCUGUUUGAGUACUUCGUGGUGGUGUCCCUCAGGAAGAGGCCGUCCCGGAACACCUACCUCCCCGAGGUCUCCUACCAGUUCCCCAAGCUGGACCGACCCACCAAGCAGAUGCGGGAGGCUGAGGAGCGGCUCAAGGCCAUACCCCAGUUCUGCUUCCCCGACGCCAAGGACUGGCUCCCCGUGUCUGAGUACAGCAGUGAGACUUUUUCUUUCAUGCUGACGGGGGAGGACGGCAGCAGACGCUUUGGCUACUGCAGGCGUUUACUGCCAAGUGGGAAGGGGCCCCGGCUGCCAGAGGUUUACUGUGUCAUCAGCCGCCUCGGCUGCUUCGGCCUGUUUUCCAAGGUCCUGGACGAGGUGGAGCGCCGGCGGGGCGUCUCGGCGGCGCUGGUCUACCCCUUCAUGAGGAGCCUCAUGGAGUCGCCCUUCCCCGCCCCCGGGAAGACCAUCAGAGUGAAGACUUUCCUGCCGGGCGCUGGCAACGAGGUGCUGGAGCUGCGGCGGCCCACGGACUCGCGGCUGGAGCACGUGGACUUCGAGUGCCUCUUCACCUGCCUGAGUGUGCGCCAGCUCAUCCGCGUCUUCGCCUCGCUGCUGCUGGAGCGCCGCGUCAUCUUCAUCGCCGACAAGCUCAGCACCCUGUCCAGCUGCUCCCACGCGGUGGUGGCCUUGCUGUACCCCUUCUCCUGGCAGCACACCUUCAUCCCCGUGCUCCCGGCCUCCAUGAUUGACAUCGUCUGCUGCCCCACCCCCUUCCUGGUCGGCCUGCUCUCCAGCUCCCUCCCCAAGCUGAAGGAGCUGCCUGUGGAGGAGGCGCUGAUGGUGAACCUGGGGUCGGACCGAUUCAUCCGACAGAUGGAUGACGAGGACACGCUGUUACCCAGGAAGUUGCAGGCGGCCCUGGAGCAGGCCCUCGAGAGGAAGAACGAGCUGAUCUCCCAGGACUCUGACAGCGACUCCGAGGACGAGUGCCACACCCUCAACGGGCUGGUGUCGGAGGUGUUCAUCCGGUUCUUCGUGGAGGCCGUGGGGCACUACUCCCUCUUCCUGACCCAGACGGAGAAGGGCGAGAGGGCCUUUCAGCGAGAGGCCUUCCGCAAGUCUGUGGCCUCCAAGAGCAUCCGCCGCUUUCUCGAAGUUUUCAUGGAGUCUCAGAUGUUUGCCGGCUUCAUCCAAGACAGGGAGCUGAGAAAGUGUCGGGCAAAGGGCCUCUUUGAGCAGCGAGUGGAGCAGUACCUGGAGGAGCUCCCGGACACCGAGCAGAGCGGGAUGAACAAGUUUCUGCGAGGUCUGGGCAACAAGAUGAAGUUCCUCCACAAGAAGAAUUAAGCUCUUGCCGGCGCCUCGCGGAGCCCGGGGCGGGGGCGGGGGGCUGUGGCGGCUGCGCCCCCACAGGCCCCGCCCGGCCAGCCCACCUCUGCCUUCACAGAAUCCCAGGAUACUGUUUGUAAAUAAUCUGCUGUAAGCCUUCGUACCUGUUUCUGUAGCCAGCAGAGAGCAUCCGGUAAAUAUUUGGACAUCCCCCAGGGCCGGUGCCUUCCCGCCCUGCCCGAGCAUGGACGCCGUGUCGCUGGGUGCUGGCGACUGGCCCAUUACGUGCAGCGGACUGUCUCAGCAGAACCACUGACCUUCCCGGGAGCCGCCCGCCUGCCUGCCCGCGGCCCCUGCUGCCAGUCUCGGGCCCGGACAGCAGAUGCUGUCUUGUCAUGUACAGGACUUUGUUUCAAAAGAACUGAAGAGUAUCUGUGUUUUCCCAGCAGUCCCUCGCCCCGACCCUGUUUCCCAGAGGCCAAGGCCAGUCGGUCCCCGGCUCUCGGGCCUGGCCUUCUCUGGCUGCACCCACCUUGGCGAUGGUCAGUGAGUCAUGGAAGCCCAGCCCCCGGCCCGGCCCAGCCCGGCCCGGCCUCCGCUCUGUGGUGGCCAUGAUGCGGUACAGGGCACCCUCCUUCCCACAUCUGCGGGUGUUCUCAAUAAACAGCAGAGGUGUUUGGGCCCAGA